AUGACAUCGGCCACACCCCCUUCUUCUCAAAGCCCCGCCCCUCAAAAGGUGUGCCACUCCCAGACACAGACAGACAUCCUAAAGCCUCUACUCGGGGGGGCGGGGCACGGAAGUCAGGUGGCACGCCGGAGGCGGGUUCUAACCAAGGAUGGGCGGAGCAACGUCCGCAUCGAGCACGUGAGUGGGCGUGGCGCUCUGUACCUGCGUGACCCCUGGACCACCUUUGUGGACAUGCAGUGGCGGUACAAACUGGUUCUGUUCAGUGCCACGUUUGUGGGAACCUGGUUCACCUUCGGAAUGCUGUGGUACCUGCUGGCUUUGGUGCAUGGAGACCUGCUCGAGUUUGAUCCUCCAGCAAACCACAGUAUGUGUGUGAUGCAGAUGCAAACGCUGACCGCAGCCUUUCUCUUCUCGCUGGAGACUCAGACCACCAUCGGAUACGGAUACCGCUGCAUCACGGAGGAAUGUCCGUCUGCCAUUGUCCUGCUCAUCAUCCAGCUUCUCAUCACCACCGCCAUGGAGAUCUUCAUCACUGGAACCUUCCUCGCCAAGGUGGCUCGGCCGAAGAAGCGUGGCGGGACGAUUCGGUUCAGUCAGCAUGCUGUAAUAACUAAUCACGACGGUCGACCGAGUCUCAUGAUACGAGUCGCCAACAUGCGCAAGAGUCUGCUGCUGGGCUGCCAGGUGACUGGGAAGCUUUUACAGCCGUGCGUCCCAAAGGAGGGCGAGACGGUGCGUUUGGACCAGAAGAACGUGACCUUCAGCGUGGACACGGCCAGCGAGAGCCCCUUCCUCAUCCUCCCGCUCACCUUCUACCACUUCAUCGACGAGCAGAGCCCGCUGCGCAGAUGGGCCGACAAGGGUCCGAGCCUGCCACAAUCCUCAGUUUACCGCAAAGUUUACCCACCAAUAAAGUUUUUAUUAUCUCAAAAACUGACGUGCAUGAGUUCAGACCAGUCAGGCCUAGAAUCAAUCCAUUCCAGACAGAAAUACAAGAGCAGUGCUAUUUCAAAGAAAACAAGUUGA